AUUGAACUCAGGACCUUUGGAAGAGCAGUCAGUGCUCUUAAUCACUGAGCCAUCUCUCCAGCCCCCUUCUUACAUUGCUGUAAGGAUCAGUAUACUGGGCAUCAAACCCUGCCUUUCCGUGCCUAGUCCCUUAGUAAUGUCUGUCCCUCUGUUGUCUUCCAGGGCCUUCAGCCCAUGAUAAUCAACUGUUUCUAAUGACUUGUCUGAGCCAUUUUAUCAGAGGCUUUGAUUUUCCUUGUAUUGCCUUGGUUAUGCAUCUUUUGGCUCAAGGAAGGAUGGGUAGUGUCUUAGCUAUGAACAGACACCAUUACCAAGGCAACUUUUACAAAGGAAAACAUUUAAUUGGGCUGGCUGAAGCAUGGAAGCAUACAGGCUGGCAUGACAUUGAAGGUGAACCAAGAAUUCUACAUCUUGACCGGCAGGCAGCAGGAAUGCCCCACACUGAAUGUAGCUUGAACAUAGGCGACCUCAAAGGUGGCCUCUACAGAGACACACCUUCUCCAACUAGGACAUACCUACUCCAGUAAAGGCCACGCCUCCUAAUAGUGCCAUUCCCUAUAGGCCAAGCAUUCAAACAUAUGAAUCUGUAGGGGCCAUACCACAGGUAGUUACUCAAUUCUUCUGAUUGCAUGCCACUUGGACUGAUCAAAUCUACUUCCAUGUCUAUAGUCUCAGAAGUUAGGCUAUGAGAAGCUUUUCAUUUUCUUCCCCUAGUCUAAGAGUUCAGAUUCAGAACGGUCUCUGACUAUCACAGUUUCCUAUUCGGGGCCAUUAUUGAAGUCUCUGAAUUCACACUGAAUCAUUGACUUUUCCCUUCCUCUGUCUUGAAGGUCAAACCGAGGGGCAUCUUCUCACUUCUGUGUUCUUCCAUACUCCAGUUCUUCCCAUGGGUCCCAAGUAAGAGCUCUUCAGAUCUGACUUGUAUUCUUUCCACAGUUCUUCCCAUGGGUCCCAAGUAAGAGCUCUUCAGAUCUGACUUGUAUUCUUUCCAUUGUACCCUGUCAGCUGUAAGACACGGCAAGUAACAUCUCCCCAUCUCAUUCUGCCCUUUUCUUGCUAGAUCAGAGGCUGCUGCAGAGGACAGCACCUAUGUCUUUUUCUUACAUGGGCAGCAGGUUCUUUGGGGCUAGGCAGCUGAGCCUCAGUUGCAUGUCUUAUUGCCCACAGUAAAGUCUAUGCAAUAGCAGAAACAGCCUGUCCCAUAUUCACUACUUUCAAAGACUCCAAUGUAUGUUCUAGAACAUCAGUGUUGGAGUUCUCUUCAUAUACACUUGAUGGUCACCUUUUAUCAAGGAAGCCUGCCACCCCAUUUUCUGUACUGUGUAUACUAUACCCUAUUCUGGGAUUUCUCCCUUAGAUGGCAAGCCUUGAUCAGAUGUCUUACCACCCACUGCAGAGUGCAUGCAACUACCAGUAUAGUAAGAAGGCACACUGUACCAUACUGUAUAGGGAAAGAUAGCCAUGUCAGGAUUAGUCCUCCAUCCUCAGAUCAGCCUCAAUUAACAUGUCUCCUCAUUUAGCAUAGGACUAUGCAAACUAUUCCUCCUCACUAAUCUUUGGUUCUGUUGGUUCCUAUUUGGGUACCAGUUAUAUUAUGUGACUUUUUUGGGAAAAUAUAAACAUUUGUACACCCUAGGUAGGGCAUUAAGAACAAACCAAAGAUCAUUUUCCCUAACUACUUCGGUGUAUACUGAGUUUAUGUGGGGUUACUUAUGGGGCCAUAGGUGACUUAAAGGCAGCUACAUCACUGAAAACCCCGUAGGAGCAUUGGUGAUUGCUCUUCAAGCCUGCAUUCCUGCACAGCUUUCAGUGAGUCCCACCAGACUGUCUCCACAUCAGCUAUUUACUACUUUCAUGGCCUUGUGUGUCUGCAUCUUGAAACUUUUAAGCUUCAUGAAUCUUACCUCCUUCCUUCUAAGCUUCAUGAAUCUUACCUCCUUCCUUCUUCCAGAAGGAAGUAGCCACACAGCAUCUUUUUUCAUCACUAUUGAAAUCAUUUUAGAAUGCAGACUUACAUGAAUACUUAUUUCUGCAUGAUACAGGGUCAUCAGAGACUUUACUACUCAUUGCCAUCUGUCUGUUUAUUUCAUUACUUUUAGUUAUGUGCUUCUGUCUUGGCAAUACCAUGAGCUACACUUUUUUCUUUUUGUAUUCUCAUGCUGACAAUACUUACAUACUUUUACAAAUUCAUUUGCUCAGUUCACUCCUUCAUUCCAAUUGUUUUCUUGUUUCUUAAUGUAAUUUCUUUAGAAACUUAAGAGUCUAUAAAUUGAUAUUCUGAGUCUUCUACAUGUGCCUACUAUUACUAUUAUUAUUGUUGUUGUUGUCAUUUGUGGUGCUGGGAAUUAAACUCGGGUCUCAUACAUGCUAAGUAUGUACUGUACCACGGCAUGUCACCCCAGUCCUUUAGAAUUCCUUGUGCUAGGGCUGGAUCUCAGUGGGAAUUACUUAGUAUGCAAUUUCUUAUUCUUCUUGCAGUACUUCUUUUUGUUAUUGUUUCGUUUUUAAUUUUUUACAAAAGAUAACAUGUAUGUAGGUUUUAUCUGAAUAUGUUUUAAGUGUACCGUUUGCAUGCCUGAUGCCCACAGAGGCCAGAAGAGGACACUGGAUCCCCUGGAACUGGAACUUCAGACUGUUGUGAGCCACCACAUGGAUGACAGGAAUUGAACGUGGGUCCUCUAAAACUCAGGUCCCUGCAUCUAUUGAAUCUCAAAAACCCAGGCCAAGAAAAGCUCCAGACUUCCCUAUUGUGGAGAAGCAGAACUGGCUGAUCCAUCUCCACUAUAUCCGGAAGGAUUAUGAAGCAUGCAAGGCUGUGAUCAAAGAACAGCUUCAGGAGACUCAGGGGCUAUGUGAGUAUGCUAUCUAUGUCCAAGCACUCAUUUUCCGCCUGGAAGGGAAUAUCCAGGAAUCCCUAGAACUGUUUCAGACAUGUGCUGUUCUCAGCCCACAGUGUGCUGACAACCUCAAGCAGGUGGCCAGAUCUUUAUUUCUUCUGGGAAAACAUAAAGCUGCCACUGAAGUAUAUAAUGAAGCAGCUAAGCUUAACCAGAAAGAUUGGGAGAUCUGCCAUAACCUGGGAGUGUGCUACACAUAUCUGAAGCAGUUCAACAAGGCACAAGACCAACUGCACAGUGCCCUCCAGCUUAACAAGCAUGACCUGACUUAUAUAAUGCUGGGGAAGAUCCAUUUACUGCAGGGAGACUUGGAUAAAGCCAUUGAGAUCUACAAGAAAGCAGUUGAGUUCUCACCAGAAAAUACAGAACUUCUUACAACUUUAGGAUUACUCUACUUACAGCUUGGUGUUUACCAGAAAGCAUUUGAACAUCUUGGGAAUGCACUGACUUAUGACCCUGCCAACUACAAGGCCAUCUUGGCAGCAGGCAGCAUGAUGCAGACUCAUGGGGACUUUGAUGUUGCCCUUACCAAAUACAGAGUUGUAGCUUGUGCUAUUCCAGAAAGUCCUCCACUUUGGAAUAACAUUGGAAUGUGUUUCUUUGGCAAGAAGAAAUAUGUGGCAGCUAUCAGCUGCCUAAAACGAGCCAAUUACUUGGCACCCUUCGAUUGGAAGAUUCUGUACAAUCUGGGCCUUGUCCAUUUGACUAUGCAGCAGUAUGCAUCCGCAUUCCAUUUUCUCAGUGCAGCCAUCAACUUCCAGCCAAAGAUGGGGGAACUCUACAUGCUCUUGGCUGUGGCUCUGACCAACCUGGAAGAUGUAGAAAAUGCCAAAAGAGCUUAUGUAGAAGCUGUUCGCCUGGAUAAGUGUAACCCUUUAGUAAACCUGAACUAUGCUGUGCUGCUGUAUAACCAGGGUGAGAAGAAGAGUGCUCUGGCUCAGUACCAGGAGAUGGAGAAGAAGGUCAACUUUCUCAAGGACAGUAGUCCUCUGGAAUUUGACUCUGAGAUGGUAGAGAUGGCUCAGAAGUUGGGAGCUGCCCUCCAGGUAGGAGAGGCACUGGUCUGGACCAAACCUGUCAAAGAUCCCAAGUCAAAGCACCGGACCAAUUCAGGCAGCAAAUCUGCUCCUCUCCAGCAGCCUCUGGGCUCCAUUCAAGCUCUAGGGCAGGCAAUGUCUGCGGCAGCUGCAUACAGGAAGAUGCCAUCAGGUGCUGUAGGAGCCCAGCUCACAAAGCCACCAUCACUUCCACUGGAGCCAGAGCCAGAGCCCACUGUGGAGGCAAGUCCAACAGAAGCAUCGCAACAAAAGAAAGAAAAAUAGCAACAAACACAAAAAGACCAGGAUGACCCUGGAGUAGGGGGUCUCUUAAGUGAGACCAUAUAGAAGAUGGUUAUAUGAUCAGGCAGAUGGAAGCCAACACUUCGUCCCUGGGUGGGCACUGCAGAAUUAAAACAGAACCCAGGGUGUGUUGUGAUGAUCAGGAGGAGCCUAAGGCCCAUGCAACUCUAGGCUGGCCCCAUCAUCCAGGAACAAGGGAGAAGACAUGCUACAUAGACUUGAGGCCCCACAUGUAUACUCCAAGAGUCAGCAAGGCAAAUGAUGAAAGACCAUUACUCAGUGAAAGACUUAAAGGGAAAGGACCUCUGCUAAACAGGCGUGGUGAUGAAGCCUCAUUCUGACCGUACUAUGGGAAGAUAGAAGUCUCCACUGCAAACACAAACCAUGAAACCGUGUAGUAAGAACCUAGUUAAAUAGGGCUUCCCCAACUACCACUACCACCACUCCUUUUAGAUUAAGUUGAGACCCCAACUGGAAUGAAUCCAGCUAUAUUUGCCCAAAGAGAAUCUAAAACAAGUCCUUAUCUCCAUUCUUAAGAGAGGUCAGGGUCUAGAGCCAGAUCAUGUCAGUUUAAGUAGUAGAGUCAUGGGCUGGUCUGGAAUCGGCACCAAGAAUUUAAAGGAAAACAAGUGGGUAGGUGACUAAGGACAUAGCUCAGUGUUAGAGCACUUGCUUAGCACACACAGGCCCUGGGUUUAAUCCCCAGUACUACUGAAAAAGAACAGAGUUUUUACAUAAGGAAUUUUAACCAAGACAAUCAAUGAUGAAUGCUGACAAAUGCUCUCAUGGCCCAUUAGCAGCCUUUGUAAAAGAUUAUGGACCUCCAAGAGGUCACAUUAAAAGAUUUUUAAAAAAAUAAAACUAUGAUCACUGUU